AUGUCUUCCUGUGAUUUCCAAUUUUUGAAUUUACUAACUCGCAGCCCAUUAUGUGUGGAAGAAAUGGAUAUUUCCGACAAGAACUUCAAGCCGUGUCCCUGUGGCUACCAGAUCUGUCAGUUCUGCUACAACAACAUUCGUCAGAAUCCCGAAUUGAACGGGCGCUGUCCCGGCUGUAGACGGUUGUACGACGACGAAAGUGUGGAGUAUCGAACGUUGACCGCAGAAGAAUACAAAAUGCAGCAAGUCAAGAAAGAGAAGCGCGAGCGCGAAAAGAAACAGAAAGAGAAGGAGAAGAAGGAGCUGGAGCUUGCCAGCAAGAAGCACUUGGCGGGCUUACGCGUCGUGCAGAAGAAUUUGGUGUAUGUGACUGGUUUAAAUCCGCCGUGUGCGCAAGAAGAUUUACACUCGGUGUUGCGUUCCGAGCGCUACUUUGGUCAGUAUGGGAAGAUCCUGAAGAUUGUCAUCAACAGAAAGUCCCCCAUGGGCCAUGUUCCUGCGGCGCUGGCUCAAAGCAUUGUAGUAUACGUGACCUUCACUCGCAAGGAAGAUGCUUCCAAAUGCAUUGAGGAAUUGGAUGGCUCCAUUUGCGAUGGCCGAAUGCUUAGAGCGGCUCAUGGUACUACCAAGUACUGCCUGUCGUACUUACGAGGCCACCCUUGCCCAAAUCCAAAUUGCAUGUUCUUGCAUGAACCUGGUGAAGAGGCUGAUUCUUACACGCGCAAGGAUUUAUCGACCCACCAGGGUAUUAAGAUGGGAAUGAGUGGCGCCGGCAAUGAUAGUAGCGAGAACUUGGCCGAGUAUCACUUCCAUGAAGAUGACGAGGAGGAUAGAUCCAACAAUUUGACCACAACUGCGCUGAACUCUACACCAACAGUCAGCCAUUCAGCGCCCGUGCUUCCAGCUACUGCUCAUUGGGCAAAACCACUGGCAACAUCGUCCAGUACCGCCGACUCUCCUGCCGUUCCCAAUAGCACGUUGGCUAACUCAGCAGCAUUCCCAACCUUGGGUGAGAUCUUCAAGGAGCAGAAGCCACAAAAGAAGGAUACAAAGAAGUCCAAAAACAAGGCUCACAAAGAUGGCUCAUUACCUGACGAUGUUGAUAUCGACGAUUACACUAUUAGACGCUACGCUGAGGAGUCUAUGGAGAGAUUACAAGCAUUGGCUGAUUCGAAACAGAAACUCAAUGUUUGUUUAGAUGGAGUCACUGAUAAAGCUUCGUCAUUGCCUUUCUUUCAUUUCGAGCCUACCAAUCUUACUUCGUAUACAUCAACCAUUGAGGAUGACAAGUCUCUCGCUGUCCAAAUUAUCGAGAACUUAUUGCUCAGACCAAUGAAAAACUAUCAUUUAGCAUACUCCAACCAGGCAGUUGGCCAGCAGCAGAAUUUGCAGCAACAAGCUCAGCAAUAUCAAGUUGGUCAACCUCUUCCUCUGACGCAAACCCCUGUCGCCCAGAAGAUGCCUUUGGACCAAGAAAACGAGGCUUCUCAAAGACAACAGCAGCAACAGCAACUCCAGCAACUUCAGCAACAACAACAACAAAUGCUCUUAAUGCUUCAGCAGCAGCUCGCACAACAAAAUGCGCUGUUGCCUCCUAAUAUGACAGCCCAACAAUUGGGCCAAAUGGCUCAAACACCACACUUCGUUUCGCAGCUCGACGCUUUGAAGAAGGGUGAGCGCGCCAAAACCUCUACUCCACCUCCUCCAGGUUUGUUUAGCAAGGCCUCUGAGAAUGUUGUAGUGCCCCAGGGUGGGCAAAAUACACCUCUGUCUAGUUCUCAAUUGUUGACCCAAUUGAUGAGCGGAAAGAAGUAG